AUGGCUGGAAAGUACAUACCGGAAGAUAUUAUAGUGGACAUCCUCUCCAGGUUACCUGUCAAAUCCCUGAUCCGAUUCCGCUGCGUUUCAAAACGCUGGCGCUCAAUAGUGUCUGAUCCACAGUUGGCCAAGUUGCAGUUUCAAGUAGCUUCUGAGAAGAAAACUCAGAGUCGCAGACUCGUCUUCUACCGUAACGACUCUGACAUUGAAUCCUUAGACUUGGAGACGCCGUGGUCUUCAUCUUCAAUUAGAAAGCUUACCGGUCCAUUCGAGCAUCGGGAUAGGAUCAGUCAUAUCGAGGUACUAGGCUCUUGCAAUGGUUUGGUAUGUGUUGCAACUCCUCGUUCUGUUACUCCUCUUUACAUUUGGAACCCAUCAACUGGAUUCUCGCUUAAGCUACCUGGUUUUUCCAAUAAUGAAACCAACUGCAGUCAAAUAAGCUACUGUGGUUUUGGCUAUGUGCUGGCCACUGACGACUACAAAGUUCUGGUGGCCGCAUAUUCUUGGGAUAAUGAGGCGGAGACGCUGGAGGUCAAAAUCUUCUCGACAAGAUCUGGCCUUUGGAAAAGGAUUGAAUCACCUUUUAAGUUCUGCCCUACCUAUUUAUAUUCAUGUGGAGGAUGCCUGUAUGGAUUCUGUUUUGGGCCGUACGCUGCUUGUGAUGAUUCUGAUGAGUUAUGGGUCAUGAGAGAAUAUGGGGUGAGUGACUCUUGGACUAAGCUCUUUAACUUAGAAUUUUCGAAUCAGCCUGAGUCUGAGUGCCCGAUGUUUCUCUUCCCAUUCUUGGCUACCAAAACUAGUACAGUUGUGGCUAAGUUGGCUUGCAAGGAUCGCAGGAUGGAAAUUAUAAGGAUUGAACAUGAAGACGAGCCAGUUGUUACAGACAGGCUUGAGAGGAGGUAUCAUAUGCCUGGUAUCAUUAUAUAUGAAGAGAGUCUACUUCAGAUUCCUGAUUAUCAUGCUGUGAUCCAAGAAUACAAGAACCCUGGAAAGCUGAAAUUAAGAGGAAUAAUUGCUAGCUGCCUUGCUCUGUUCAACUACUUCUGGUUAAUUAUCCUCAUUUUCACUCUAGCAUAUUUUGAAUUCUGUUAG